AUGGACUCUGCUAGUCUAGCCGAACCUACGCGUCCCGAAUUGGUAGAUGACUUUGUAGUGGCUAUACAUGAUUUCACAUCUCUUAGCUCUGGCUCCAAUAUUUGUUUAUCAUUUUCAGCCGGUCAGGUCAUUCGUGUUUUAAAUCGAGAUGGAUCAGGUUGGUGGGAUGGAGAGACAGUAUCGGAAGAUGAAGAUUCUUCGACACCUCCUUGCCGUGGUUGGUUCCCAAGUAACUAUGUCACUCCUCUUGAUUCUUUACGGGAUCAUGAAUUGCCUUUUCCAGCUCGCAAGAAACCUUCGAUUGCCUCGGUAGCCUCUGUGACCACCACUGCCUCAUCUGUGCCAGAUGGUCGUAGUGUCCCAGCCUCAUUUCUAUCUGUCCGCUCAGAUCAUUCAUUCUCAUCACCUACUAUCAGUAUCGAACCCACCUUAUACUCUUCAUCAAGUGAAUCUAGUGAUCCGAACGAGAGCUUUGUCACUGGAAGUUCGACUGCUUCAGUCACUCUUUCAGAUCCGAUAAGAAAGUCGAUUGAUUUAUUAAGAGUAGAAAUUCAAGAGGGUAGAAUUGCCACUGUUCAACCGGCUACAGCUAAUAUCAUUUCUGCUGUUCGAUCACUUUUGACUUUUACUGAUUGUUUAAAUCGAGAUUCACCCAUCUUAAAACUUCAUCCUCCUGUGACGCGUGAACGAAAACAAGUGUUAUCAGUCUUGGGUGUUUUGGUGGAUAAAGCUCGUAGAUUGACGAUUGAACACACGAAUCAAGUCAAGCUUAAUGAAUCUGAAGGACAAGUUAUGCCAGUUGGAAUCUUUAAUAGUCAUUUAACUGAGAUACUUCAAUCAGCUGAAAAAGUCUUUCAUAACGUUCGAAGGUUUCUUUUGAUUGCUCAUCGUUCUGGUAUCUUAAUCAGUCCUACUAAUGAACCAGUCAGUCAAUUAGCUUAUUUAGAUACUUCAACUCAUUCACUUUCGACUAUCGAUGAAAAACGUUCACCUCGUUCGGCUUCUACUACCAGUACAACUUCUUCUAUUUUUUAUGAUCCAAGAUUAUCUCAUUCUCCAAGUCAUAGUCCUGCUUUUUCCGAAGAUUCUCAUCGAUUACCAAUUCGUCAAACCAGUCAACAAAGUUCAUUUCAUCAAUCGGCUCCUUCUACUGCUAGUUCUACUCGACCUCGUGCUUCAACUUCGAUUUCUCAAUACCAAAUACCCAACUUUAAUGGACAAUAUAUCACUCGUGAAGUCCUUGAGAUGUUAGAACAAGCUCAUGAUUGUGUCUUAUCUACUGUGGCUGUCUUCAUUGGUCAUGCACACAUUCAUUCCAAUAACGCACAUCCUUCGAGUCACGCGUAUUUGAUUGAUAUGACUCGCGACGUGAUUGAACGAGUACGGGAAAUGCUAGUCUUGGUAGAAUCGAUUUCGAAGCAAGGUGUUAGUCAAUCGGUUGUCUCGAAUGCAUAUGUCGAAUUGACACAAGCACGAGAAGCGCUCUAUCUGGCUACCACUGGUCUGGUCACUGCAGCUCGGGUGGCUACCUCUGGACCUCUCGAAGAGCCUACUCCACCACUCGAAGGCGAACAGAAUGCAUUGUUGAUGGCUGCGACUUCAUUGUUAAGAGCUGCGAAUGAAUGUAUGGCUUCAGCUAGUCAGUGUCUAGAAGGUCAACUGCCUGAGACUGGUGGAUAUGAGGUGAUGUUUGCGGAUGCGUUUACGACUGAGCCUAGUAGUCAGAACGGUCGAGAAUCGAGAGCAUCGACUAGUCAUUUGAGUGAAGGUCUUCGGAAUCAUUCGCCUCCUACACCUGGUCGACGACCUCGGCACACGAUUUCAAUGUUGGGUCGCAAAGGGAAUAGUCUUCAAUGUCCUUCUCUUGACUCUGAUUCUGAGUAUGAUGAUGGUCAUUUACCAGAUCAGAUCUCAAUGCAAGCUGAGAAAGUGCAUUCGAGUGAAUGGAAUGAUUCAUCUGACCAUGGACCUAACUCUAGCACACUUGCUCAACCUUCGACAGCUCAAAGUAGUCCAGAAUCGGUAGACACUUCCUUUUCAUCUUCUCAACGUGGUUUCUCGGUCAUCUCCUUGGCUUCUGAUUCAGGUCAAGAUAUCUCAAGACCAAGAUCGAAUUCUCUUUCAUCACUUCGAACAGAUGGAUCUCGAGAAUCGACUCCACCUUCAUCUGCUAGUAUCUCUAUCUCUGAAGAACGUAGGAUCCACAAGUCAAGUAUAGAUACCCAAACUACUCUUCUGAGCACUGCAUCGACCAAUACGAUUGUUUCCUUUGAGUCUACGGUCACGCUCGAAUCAAGACAACCUAAAGAUUGGCUUUCUAGUCGAGAUUACCCUCCGGAAGAAGUGAGCUUUAAUGCCGAAGGAAAUGUGAUGGGUGGUACACUACGUGGUUUGGUAGAACGGAUGACGUUACAUGAUACACCUAUCGAAGCAGCCUUCUCUCGUACCUUUUUCCUUACGUUCCGAAUGUUUACUACACCGGUUGAAUUUGCUAGAGCAUUGAUUUCAAGGUUUUCGAUUCAAGGACCUCCGAAUCAUCAAAGCGCAAGUGUAGAAGAACAGAAACGAUGGCAAGUUCAUAAGAUUAUGCCGAUUCGUCUAAGAGUCUAUAACGUUCUGAAGACAUGGUUAGAACUUCAUUGGAGAUCGGAAACUGAUUCGGCAGCACUGGCGAUGAUUGCUGAUUGGGCCAAGACGAUUAUGUUACAAGUGCUUAGGAUCCCGGCUGAAAGGUUUUUGAGUUUGGUACAUCGUCGGAUUGAAGAAGCACAACAAAACAAUUCGUCUUUACCUACUCGAACUCCUUUGAUUCAUCAUCAAACCGAACAUGGUGGGAUCUUGAAUGGCACACCUACCUCUGCUCCACCUUUACCGAUUGUGUCUAAACAAGUGAUGAGCAUGCUUAGAGGGAUGAAUUCGACUAGUGAGAUGAGUAUUAUGGAGAUUGAUCCGACUGAAUUGGCUAGACAGAUUACUUUAUUGGAAUCCAAGUUGUAUUGUGGGAUCUCGGCUGAAGAAAUCAUUGGACAAGAUUUCAGUAAGAAGUGUAGUGAUGCAUCGAAUGUGAGGGCUAUGAGUGUGAUGACCACUAGAGCUACUGGAUGGUAUACGGAAUGUAUAUUGAAUGAAGAUGAUGUUAGGAAACGGUGUCAGAUUUUAAAGUAUUGUUUAAAAGUAGGAGCUCGAUUUCUCGAGUUACAAAAUUAUAAUGGAUUGAUGGCAGUGAUGAGUGCAUUAAACUCAUCUACCAUCACUCGAUUAAAACGUACAUGGGAAGCCGUUGGAGCUAAAUCCAAGACGAUUUAUGAUAGUUUAAAUAAAGCUGUCAAUCAUCAUCGAAACUAUGCAGAAUAUCGAGCUGCUCUACGGAAAGCACAUACACCUUGUUUACCAUUCUUGGGGGUUUAUUUGACGGACAUUACGUUUUGUCAUGAGGGAAAUCCUACCCAUCGUAUUUCUCCUCAUGAUCCUAAUUUAAAAUUAAUUAAUUUUGAUAGAUACCAAAAAAUGUCCAAGAUUAUUAAUGAUUUACAAAGGUUUCAAGUGGCUUACAGUUUAAUUGAAGUACCUGAAUUGGUUAGCUUUAUUAAACAAUCUUUAACUUCUUUAAAACAUGCAGGUUCGGCUGAUGAUCUUUAUCGUCGGAGUUUGUUUAUCGAACCUCGUGAACCUCAAAAUCCUUGA